AUGAAAAUCGCCGUAUUUAGUACACAGCCUUACGACCAAGCGUCGCUUGAUCAGGCGAACAAGCACUUCAAUCAUGAGAUUGUUUAUCACGACACAGCUCUCAGUGAGAAAACCGCGUCUCUCGCUUCUGGUAUCCCCGUGGUUUGCGUGUUUGUCAACGACCAAGUGAAUGCCAAUGUCAUCCGCACCCUUGCGGCCAACGGUACACAGUUGAUUGCCCUGCGAUGCGCUGGAUUCAACAAUGUGGACCUGAAGGCUGCCGAAGCUGCAGGCAUCACCGUAUGUCGCGUCCCUGCUUACUCGCCCAACGCCAUCUCGGAAUACACACUGGGUCUGGUCAUUUGUUUGGAACGCAAGAUCCACAAAGCCUGGCUGCGGGUUCGAGAGGACAACUUUGCACUCAAGGGUCUUGUUGGCAAUGAUUUAUACGGCCGCACCAUCGGUGUCGUUGGCACGGGCAAUAUCGGUGCUUUAGUGGCUCGAGCGUUUCGAGCAGGCCUUGGGUGUGAAGUCCUCGCACAAGAUGUUGUGGAAAAUCCCGAUCUUGUUAGCAUCGGCGUGAAGUAUGUGAGCAGGGAUGAACUGCUCCGAAGAGCUGAUGUCGUCUGUCUACACUGUCCUCUGACGCCAGACACCCAGCAUCUCAUCAAUGCAGAUAGCCUGAAGACCACCAGGCCAGGAGUGGUUAUUGUGAACAGCGGACGUGGUUCGUUGGUUGAUAGCGCAGCUCUUCUAGACGCAUUGGAAUCUGGACACGUUGGUGGAGCAGCCUUGGACGUCUAUGAGAAAGAGAAGCCCCUCUUCUUCCGCGACCUAUCCGAAACGGUCAUCUCAGACGAUGUCUUCCAGCGCUUGAAUACGCUCCCUAACGUCAUCUUGACCGGGCACCAAGCUUGGUUAUCUCAUGAAGCGCUGGACUCGAUCGCGGACAUCACGAUGACAAACGUCGCACAGUUCGAAAAGAAUGGCGGCCAGGUGGAGAAAAGCCAUAUAGUGAGAGCAUCGUGA